CUCACCCUGUCAGCCCAGGGCUGUCCUGGGCUGGGCGUGCAAAGGGCUUUGGCCUGCACAGACCUGAGCAGGGCAUGUCACUGGGAAACUCCGAGAGCCACGCUGCCAUGGGAGGCUGCGGCACGUGGGCAUGGCGGGAGCUGUUGGUGCUGCUGGGCAGCGUGUGGCUGGGGGUGGGCAGCUCCCAGCCCACCCCCCUGGGCCCCACGCACACUCCUGGGCCCCAGCUGAAGUUUCGUCUGGCCGGUUACCCACGCAAGCACAACGAGGGCCGUGUCGAGGUUUUUUACAACGACGAGUGGGGCACCAUCUGCGACGACGACUUCACGCUGGGCAACGCGCACGUGCUGUGCCGGCACCUCGGCUUCGUGGCUGCCACCGGCUGGGCCCACAGCGCCAAGUAUGGCAAAGGCGUUGGGCGGAUCUGGCUAGACAACGUGAACUGUGCCGGAGGCGAGAAGAGCAUCGGGGACUGCAAACACCGGGGCUGGGGCAACAGCGACUGCAGCCAUGAGGAAGACGCGGGUGUCAUCUGCAAGGAUGAGCGCAUCCCAGGCUUCAAGGACUCCAAUGUCAUUGAGACGGAGCAGAGCCACGUGGAGGAGGUCCGCCUGCGGCCGGUGGUGUCGGGGGCCCGGCGGCAGCUGCCGGUGACAGAGGGCAUCGUGGAGGUGCGCUACAAGGACAGCUGGGCACAGAUCUGUGACGAGGGCUGGGACAGCCGCAACAGCCGCGUCAUCUGCGGCAUGAUGGGUUUCCCGGCUGAGAAGAAGGUCAACAGGAACUUCUACAAGCAGCUGAAGCGAGCAGCCAGGACGAAGGGCUGGAGCCCGAGGCCAGGCAGCAGGCUGGCCUCCAAACCUCAGCCUAAACAAAAGCACAGGGAGGACGUAGGGCCUAAGAAGAGGCUCUUCACGGAGCGGCAGCAGCUCAACUACCGCCUGCACUCGGUGUCAUGCACGGGGACAGAGGUGCAUCUCUCCAUGUGCACCUUCGAGUUCUACCGAGGCAAUGCCUCGGCUGCCUGCAGGGCCGGGAUGCCCGCCGUCGUCAGCUGCCUGCCCGGGCCCCUCUUCGCUGCUGGGAAUGCCCACAAGAAGAAACAGCGCCAGCAGCAGCAGGGCCAGCCCCGGAUCCGGCUGAAGGGCGGCGCGAGGGUCGGCGAGGGCCGUGUCGAGGUGCUCAAGAGCAGCGAGUGGGGCACGAUCUGUGACGACCGCUGGAACCUGCUGUCGGCCAGCGUGGUGUGCCGGGAGCUGGGCUUCGGCAGCGCCAAGGAGGCCCUCACCGGUGCACGCAUGGGCCAAGGGACGGGACCCAUCCACCUUAAUGAGGUGCAGUGCCAGGGCACCGAGAAGUCUCUCUGGAGCUGCCCCUUCAGGAACAUCACGCAGGAGGACUGCAAGCACACGGAGGACGCAGCUGUCCGCUGCAACAUCCCCUACAUGGGCUACGAGAACCUGAUUCGGCUGAGCGGGGGCCGGAGCCGCUUCGAGGGGCGGGUCGAGGUGGCGGUGGGGGCUGGCGACAGGGACCAGCCCCGCUGGGGUCUGGUCUGCGGCGAAGGCUGGGGUACGCUGGAGGCGAUGGUGGCCUGUCGCCAGCUGGGUCUGGGAUUCGCUAACCACGGCUUACAAGAGACAUGGUACUGGGACGCCAGCAAUGUGACAGAGAUGGUCAUGAGCGGGGUGAAGUGCACCGGCCACGAGAUGUCCCUGAGCCACUGCCAGCACCACGGCGCCAGCCUGAGCUGCAGGAACACGGGCACGCGCUUCGCCGCGGGCAUCAUCUGCUCCGAGACUGCCUCCGACCUGCUGCUGCACGCGCCACUGGUGCAGGAGACGGCCUACAUCGAGGACCGGCCGCUGCACAUGCUGUACUGCGCCGCCGAGGAGAACUGCCUCUCCAGCUCGGCCCGCCUGGCCAACUGGCCCUAUGGCCACCGCCGCCUGCUCCGCUUCUCCUCCCAGAUCCACAACCACGGCCGUGCCGACUUCCGCCCCAAGGCUGGCCGGCACUCCUGGGUCUGGCACGAGUGCCACCGGCACUACCACAGCAUGGACAUCUUCACCCACUACGACAUCCUGACCCCCAACGGCACCAAGGUGGCUGAGGGACACAAGGCCAGCUUCUGCCUGGAGGACACCGAAUGUGAGGAAGAUGUGGCCAAGCGGUACGAGUGUGCCAACUUCGGGGAGCAGGGCAUCACUGUGGGCUGCUGGGACCUGUACCGGCAUGACAUCGACUGCCAGUGGAUCGACAUCACUGAUGUCAAGCCAGGCAACUACAUCCUGCAGGUUGUGAUCAACCCCAACUUCGAGGUGGCAGAAAGUGAUUUCACCAACAACGCCAUGAAAUGCAACUGCAAGUACGACGGGCACCGCAUCUGGGUGCACAGCUGCCACAUCGGAGAUGCACUCAGCGAGGAGGCCAACAAGCGGUUUGAGCAGUACCCAGGUCAGCUCAACAACCAGAUUUCAUAGGGCCCCGGACCCCAGAGAGAUGGGCAUCUCCCUCCCUCACCCCGUACGGGUGGGAGGAAGCCCCUGGGGGCUGGCAGGGAGGCCUCUUGCCUGGCACUGCUGCU